AUGUCAUUUGAAUUCUUAGAUGAAUUUGAUGUGUUAGCCAAAUGGCCAAAUGAUCAGCGGAAUCUGUUGGAAUCAAAACAAUGGAAAGAGAGGAUAGAAGGCUUGGAAUCUUUACUCAAACUUAUAAAUGAUCAUCCACGUCUAGCAACUGGAGUGGCUUACAAUGAUUUGGUGACAAGGCUAAAAAUGGUAAGAUUUUGGAUUUGUUUCUUGUGUUUUUAGGUAAUAUCAGAUUUUUGGAAUGGAAUGGUUUGUGUUGCCGCAUGCUUGACAGCGAUUUUUUAAAUGUUUUCAGAUAAAUUUACUUGCACAUGUUAUACUGUAAAGCUUAUACAAUACUUAUUAUAGAUCGUUAUCAAGGACAUGAACGUAAACGUAGUCGCAAACGCUUUAAAAGUGAUAACUGGAUUAAUUAGAGGAUUGAGGAGUCAUUUCGAUCACCACGCAACAGUACUGGCUCAACCAUUAUUUGAGAAGUUUAAGGAACAGAAAGAAGUUGUGAAAGCUCCAUUAAUCGAAUGUACAGAGGCGCUUGUUGAGUUUGUAAGUUUUCUUUAUUUCUAUGUAUUUUAGAGGUAGUUUGGGAGGAGUUUUAAAUUACAGUAUACAUGUUUUUUUAUUUUAAGUUUAUACUAUAUGUUUUCUUCAUAAAAAGUAGUCUACAUUCAUGUUUUUUAGUGUAAUAUUGACAAAAUUCCUGCAGCGAUGGAAGAAGCAUUGAAGAAGCCGCAUCCAGCAGUGAAACAACAACUGAAUGUGCUAACUUAUAAGAUUUUAACACAUUACAGUCAACAAAACCGGCCAGUUUCAUUUAUCAAAGCUGUUUUGCCAAGAGUGGUCAAGGUAAGUUUUCAAAUCGUUUGAAACGUUUAUAAUGUUUGUUAGGGAGUGAAGGGGCUUUAGUUUAAAUUUAUGUUUUUAUUACUUUAAACAUUAAAUUAUGGUUUUAGAGUACAGCAGAAGCCGAUAAAAAUGUCCGAGAUUCUGGAUUUAUGGUUCUUGGCGGUAUCGUUAGGCUGCUUGGAGAGAAAGCGGCACAAACCAUAGCCGAUGGAGCUCAAUGGAAUGAGGAGAAGGUGGGUCAAUGCAUAUUGUUUGUUUGAAACGUGAUUUUUAUAUUAAAACUGUGUUUUAUUAACGAAGGUUAUGCUACAACUUUAUGUUUUUAGCCAAAAAGCUGUUAACUAAACGUGUUAUAGUUUAAAAAUUAUUUUAGGUAAAAGAGUACUCUGUGAAGGCUAAGGAAGAUGCUGAGAAAUGGGCCGAAGCACACGCAACAUCAGGUGAAAGUGAAGCUAGAGUGUCCGUUGAUAAUGGGGAAGAGAAAGAGAAUACAACUGAUGGGAAAACAGAUGUUCCGGUAGAAGAUAUUGACCCAUGGGAUCUAAUGGAGCCGAGAAAUAUUAUAAAAGAUCUGCCCAAAGAAUUUGAUGAACUUUUGGCAUCCAAGAAGUGGCAGGAACGAAAAGAAGCCUUGGAGGUAAGAUUUAUAAGUUUUAUUAGCCUUUAAUUAAGUUGUUUAAUUAUUUUUUAUAUUUUUACCUUGUUUUAGGCUUUGUUAACGGCGUUGGACAAGAACCCCAAGCUGACACUCGAUUUGGAGCUAUUUAGAGGAUUGGUGGGAGAGCUGAAGAAGAUCAUUGAGAAAGACUCGAAUGUGAACGUCGUAUCUCUUGCUGUGAAGUCGGUUCAAGGGAUUGUCAAGGGCUUAAGACAAGUGAUUGAACCUGUGUUACCAUCUGUGUUUCUGGCGUUGAUAACAAAGUCCAAGGAGAAGAAGGAAGUCUUCAGCGAUGCCUUCAACAAGUGUUUGGACGAGAUUUCGAAUUACGUGAGUUUAAAAAAGAUUUACAGUCUGUAUUACUUGUUUUUUUUGGUAUAAUAUACAUAUUACAUUGAUGUAUGGGUAUAAUUUACGCAUGUUUUAACCUGUAAUCUAGCAAGUCAUUUUGUAGAUCCACUUGAGUCAUUUCACGGACCAUUUGUUAACAGCGUUUUCCAAUCAGAAUCCACAUACAAGAAGGCAGUUUCUACUGUUUACUGGCCGCGUCUUCAACAAAUUGAACCAAAAGACGGCACCACGAGAACAAAUAAAGGCACUAGCACCACGUUUGGCAGAACUGACGUCAGAUGCUACACCAGACGUCAGAGAUGGAGCUUACGUCGCUAUUGGAGCUAUAUCAAGGUGUGUCGGUGAAGUGGGUACGGAAGCUCUAUUCAAAGAGUUAAUGGCCGACAACUUGAAGAAGCCAAAGAUUGAAGAGAAGAGAAAGCGGUUUGAGGAGGAAUUCGGAUCGAAUGUUGCCUCCGAGUUUUCAAAGAUCUACACGGCUACAGCAGGGCCAUCAGCUAGUCGACCACCUAGUGGUGUUACAACGAAACCGGCUCCAAAGCCUUCUAGGCCAGUGAGGUCUGCCCCGCCAACAAAACCAUCGUCUAGGCCUAGUGUGGCUGUGAAGAAGGUAGGUCUUUUCAUUUGAUUUGAGUUUGCUUGUUGAAUUAAAUACUUGAUUUUGUUUGCAAAUUUUAUACAGAAUGACGUUUUUUAUCUCUAUUUUUGGAAUGUUUAAUUUUAAAAUUUUUAUUAAUAUUGAUUUAGCCUCCGACUCCAUCUGUUACGACACGUCCUACACCACGGUCUGCUUCCAAAUCUCGACCGGUCCCAAGUGCUCCACGACCAGCAGCUCCUCGGCCAAAUGUUGUCUCGGCCCCGAAACCUAUUUUAAACGUUGUCAGAGCAGCACCAAAACCGAAUGGUGCCGUUCCAACGCAAACUGCAGCGAAUCGACGUCAAAGUGCACCAAUAAGACCAAAUGUGGUUCGAGCACCCCAAAUGGCAACUGGGACACCGUAUAAACCCCCGGUAGGAGUGAGUAAAAUCAACAACAAGCGGACGGUCAGUAAUGGAGUGACAGCACGACCUCUACAAUCUUCAAGUUUGUCUUCGAUUGCAAGGUCGAAGGUAAGCAACUCCAAGAUUUUUGAAAAUUUUAAUUUUUUAAAAUUUUAUUUUUAUUGAAUUUGUUUGUAGACUCCAGCUAAUGAAGUACCUAAACCUUCAAGCACGUUCUACGCUCAGCGUUCUAUGUCCAACAUUCAACCUCCUAAGUCAAUAUCCUCUGGCAUCCGAGCUCCUAGACCACAGACAGGUGGUCUAACUGAUGGUCCGUCAAUGUCCAAUCCUGGUUCUCGACAGUCCAGCCAGACUAGAAUCGACAUAACCGGAGCCAAACCAAGCCGACUACGACCUCCGUCCAACGCCUCUAGAAACCUCUGA